AUGGGACUCCAAGUUCUAAGUGUUUGGACCCUGUUAUUGUUUCUUCCUUUGAGUAAUGCAGCUUCUUAUGAUGACUUUGCAUUCCCUAUUGACCAUUCACUGGUUCAUAACUACACUCGAUUAACCGAAAUCAAGAAGCAUUGCAACCCCUUUAUAUCAUCAGCUUCUGAGUUAGAAUCUGAUGAUAAUUGGGCUUCUAGGCUUAAAAAUGAGCUUUCUUUCUUCAAUGGAGAUUGGGAACAGGACUCCUAUGGAGCACCCUUGAUGCCCUUUGAUGACAGUGACAUGUCACAUGCCACAUCAUCAUUCAUCUCCCCAUGGAAACUUGUUAGCUUCGAGGUUAAAAAUGUUAGUUCUACUUCAUCCCACCACCCGAAAAACACAAUUAGCAUCAGUGGGGUUUUAUCAAUUGGCAUAACAAGAAAUAGCACAGUGAUUUCUGAACCCUUUUUGAAGUUUCAUAAAAAGCCUGGUAUGUCUGCUCUUCGAGUUGAUUUUGAAGGUUUUUAUCUUGAAACAGAGGGUGGAAAUUUAGUCUGUUUGUUGGGUAAUUCAACUUUCCCAUUCAAGAAAGUUCCAACCCGAUACGAAUCCGAUGAUAUGACAUCAUAUUACAAUCUUAGAAACCCCUACAAUGAAGAUCAUGUCAUCCUCCCUCAUGACAAAAUCUUUCUUGUUCUUAAGUACCCGAAAACUUCACCUUUUUCAAUCAAGCAAAUCCAUGGAGAAAUGAAAAGUUUGAACAAAAAGGAUGAUUUUGAGUACUUUGACAACGUUCACGUAGCUUCCCACUUGGGUAUCGAUCCUACUAAUUCUGAAGAUCUCAUUUCAGAAACUGAAUCUUUUAACCAAAAUCCACUACAAGAUGCAAUGGUAGAAGAUGGUGUCAACAAGUUUAACAACUCUGAAUUUUGUAAAAUUCUCAAGUCUUUUGAACAUAAAGCAUAUAGAGUCAUGCCAAAUUUAAAACUUGGAGGCCAAAACGGGUUCCAAGACAAAGUUGGUCCAUUUCUUUUAGGGAAUGAGAUUCAACUUGUUGAUAGAAACAAUGAGAAUUUAAGGAUUCUCAUGCAAAACAUCAUAUGCAAAGAAGAAAAGGUUUCUGGAGUUUUAAGAAUGUAUCCUGCUAGUAUGGACCCACAUGUGGCUGCAAGAAGAACGGGUUUAUCUUCGUUGACUUUGUGGGUCAAAGGAACAUGGAAUCCCUCAACUGGGUUGCUCUCGAUGACCGGAUGUUUGGGUCCCACGCUUGUGAAAUGUGAGACAAGGGUUUUGUUAUACUUCCCAAAAUCUUUCUCUAUUAAACAAAGAAAUGUUGUUUUUGGAAGUAUAAAUGGUUUGAAAAGUCAAACCGGUUUUUACCACCCUGUUUUUUUUGGACUUGAAAUGCUUUCUCCUGGUUUAUAUGAAGAUGGUUGGUAUAGUAACGCGUAUCUUUUGUAUAAUUACUCAAAAAGUGAUUUAGCCAUUGAAUUUCAAGAAAGAAUUCAAGAACCUUGGUUGUUGACUUAUAUAAGGAAAUCACUUUUUCGGUAUCCGACACUUGAGGAAGAAAAAGAUGGGAUUUUUCACCUCUUAAAUGAUCUAAGGAUUGAUACUUUUUCAAGCUCCGAGACUUUUGUGAGAGUAGAGGUUUUGUCAUUUGGUGGAUCAUUUAGAACAAAUGAGAGCCAUUUCUAUGAAGCUUCCAAGAAUGAGGUGUUUAACAUAUCGAUGAAUCUUUAUAUAGUAGAAAACCCAAGAAAAGUUAAGGAAGAAUCCUACCAACAUGUCUCAAAGUUAUAUUUGGAGGGUUUAUAUGAUCAAAGUGUUGGGAAAAUGUAUUUGAUUGGGUGUAGGAAAGUGUCGUACGAUCAUGUGGAUCUUGAAAGAGGAUUAGAUUGUUUGAUUGAAGUUGGAAUUGAAUACUCAUGUGUUAACACAAGAUGGUUGAUUAAUCCAACUGCAAAGAUCACCAUUAGAAGCCAAAGAAACGAAGAGGACAUUUACCAUUUCAAGACAAUACGCUUGCAAACCUUCAUGAUUCAUGACAAAAAUCAUGAAAAAAAUGUGAUCUUUCGUAAACUCUUUGAAGGGUAUUUGCGGGUUUUUCUUGUUUUGGUGCUCAUUGCACACAUGUUGAACCAAAUGAGGAAAAGGAGGAAGUCCAUUGAGCCUUUUGCUUAUAUAUCUCUUGCUAUGCUUGGGUUAUGGAUCAUUGGAUAUGGUAUCAACUUGAUAAAUGGCAAAGAGAUCAUGUUCAUUUCAUCAGAAACUCAAUAUUACAAGAAUCAACCUUAUGAUCAUCGAAGCUACAAAAGAUAUUUAAGCAUUCUUGAUUAUCUUGCAAGGUUUCUUGUUCUAGUUUCUAUGUUCCUCAUGGCUAAGAUCUCUCAUAUUAUAUUGAAAGCUCGAAAAGCACUUAAGAGUCAAGGCGAGUCAACUCCAAGUGAGAAGAAGAUCCUUAUGAUGACCUUAGGUUUCUACAUGUGUUAUCUUCUCCUUAUAAUGCUUGAGCAUGGGAUUUGGAUAUAUCUUAAUCCAUUACAAGGUGAAUCAACAAAAGAUUAUUAUAUGAAAUUAAUGAUGGAUUUGUUAAGGUAUCAUGUUUAUAUGCUUCAAGAUUACUUUAUGGUUCCUCAAAUAAUUGCUCUUUAUGUAUGGAAGAAUCACCCACAUGAUCAACGAUCUUUCAUUAAUGGUCUAUGGAUACCAUCUUUAGUUUUGCUCAUUUAUGAAUUUUUUAGAGAUCCGGUUGAUUAUCCUAUUAUUGCGCAUGAUAUUGUCUUGUGA